AUGAUGUCUUACCUCAAACAACCCCCAUAUGGUAUGAAUGGGCUCGGUCUAGCCGGGCCAGCCAUGGACCUCCUACACCCCUCCGUGGGCUAUCCGGCCACCCCGCGGAAGCAGCGACGCGAGCGCACCACCUUCACGCGCUCUCAGCUGGACGUGCUCGAGGCGCUCUUCGCCAAGACUCGCUACCCAGACAUCUUCAUGCGCGAGGAGGUGGCGCUCAAGAUCAACCUGCCAGAGUCCAGAGUCCAGGUCUGGUUCAAGAACCGCCGCGCCAAAUGCCGCCAGCAGCAGCAGAGCGGGAGUGGGACCAAGAGCCGCCCAGCAAAGAAAAAGUCGUCCCCGGUGCGGGAGAGCUCGGGCUCCGAAAGCAGCGGCCAGUUCACGCCGCCUGCUGUGUCCAGUUCCGCCUCGUCCUCCAGCUCCGCAUCCAGCGCCUCAGCCAACCCCGCGGCGGCAGCGGCUGCAGGCCUGGGCGGGAACCCGGCGGUGGCGGUACCGUCGUCGUUGAGUACGCCUGCUGCCUCCUCCAUCUGGAGUCCGGCCUCCAUCUCGCCCGGCUCAGCGCCCGCUUCAGUGUCGAUGCCCGAGCCUUUGGCUGCACCCAGCAAUGCAUCGUGCAUGCAGCGCUCGGUGGCCGCAGGAGCCGCCUCGGCCGCAGCCUCCUAUCCCAUGUCCUACGGCCAGGGCGGCAGCUAUGGCCAGGGGUACCCCGCGCCCUCCUCCUCCUACUUCGGCGGCGUGGACUGCAGCUCGUAUUUAGCGCCCAUGCACUCGCACCACCACCCGCACCAGCUCAGCCCCAUGGCACCCUCCUCCAUGGCGAGCCACCAUCACCACCACCCCCACGCACACCACCCGCUGAGCCAGUCCUCGGGCCACCACCACCACCACCAUCACCACCACCACCAGGGCUACGGCGGCUCGGGGCUCGCCUUCAACUCUGCCGACUGUUUGGAUUACAAGGAGCCUGGCGCUGCCGCUGCACCCUCCGCUUGGAAACUCAACUUCAACUCGCCUGACUGUCUGGACUAUAAGGACCAAGCCUCAUGGAGGUUUCAGGUCUUGUGA